CGACAAAUGAAUCCAUAUAAAAAAAAAUGUUAUCACAAUCAGCCUCGUAUUUGACCAAAAUGGUCAACCAUAAGCACCUUUUCAAAUGGUUGCAAAAAUGGUUUUCCAAGAUAGCUUGCAUAUCAUACGCACAGAGCAUUAUACUAGGAUAUGGCCCUUACGAUUACAUUAAAGCAGCCGUUGGUGUUUUGCCGAGUCCAGUAGAUAAAUCCACUAACCUGCAAACAUUGGUGGAUUUCGAAUGCUUCUGUAACGAGACCCUAGGGGAAGCGAAAAUGGCCAGCCUUCUAGGAGAAGAAAUUAUCAUAGACGACGUAACUGAAGUAUUAAUGAAGGAAUUGAGUAUACAACCCAAUUACCGAAAUAGUCUUGUUGAUGUCAUCAAACAAAUGAACCGCAAGAACCUAGCGGUCAAGCAAAUAUUUAAUGUAGCAAACAUACCAGUCUCAGAAGACGACCCAGUCCAUUGCAAGUUACUCUACGAUAUAUGGGAAGCAUUGGACGAUCGCAGCAUUCCAGAAUCAUUCCAAGUAACCAAAUCAAUCAACAAGGAAGAUGAAAAUAUCUCCAGUUGGGGUGAUUUGGGAUUCCAGACGCCGUUGUCAGAUUUCAGAAUGACGGGACUUUUAGGACUAAAGUGUCUGCACUACCUGGCCGUGGAACAUGAGGCAAUGGCUAGAGAAGCAUUGAAACUAUCGCUUAAACUAGAAGCAUGGUUCCCAUUUGCUAUUACAAGUAUUAACGUAACAUCAUGGAUUAUGGAGGAUAUCAAGGAUAAUAACGUGGCAAUUUUCUUCUACGACGAUGAAAGUAGCCCUAUAGACACUGUCUUGACUUUGCAUGUACUAUACUUCUUUAGUUUUGUGGAAUAUUGGCAGGACCACGCAUUAAAUACUGUUUUCGAGUUUAAAACGGUGUCCACCAACUUCCGAACUUAUAUACUAGAACAAAUUGAUAAUAACAUUGAAGCUGUGCUAGAUGACCCGAAUUGGGAUAAUAAUGGAAAUCAUGGAUCUAAGCUCUUGAAGGAAGUAGUCAAGAAACUAAUGUCCGAAACUGGUCAAUCUUAAUUUAU